AUGACUGUAACUGAGCAGCCGGAAGAGUUCAAAGGACCGAGCAACGAGUUCCGAAACGGACUUUUCAGCUGCUGCUCGGAUGUCGGAAUCUGUUGCAAGACUUGCUGGUGCCCUUGUCUCUCGCAUAAAGCUGUGAAUGAGAAAAUGAACCAGCCGGGAACUGCAACUUGUCUUCUUUCUUGCUGGUGCCCGAUCACGUGGUUCUGCAUCUCCUCCAACCAGAGAGGCCAGAUUCGAAAGCUUCGGGGAAUCGAUGGCUCGGCUUUCAAGGACUUUCUGCUGUCUUGUUGCUGUCUCUGGUGCGUGAUGAUCCAGAACGAAGUCGAAGUUACACCAAAAGCUGAUGAUCAGCAAUUCUGA